UGCAAAGGGAAUUUUUCUCUAGUAUGGUGAUCCUCUCACAGAUGAUGCCCCAUCCUCUGUCUCUCUUACUUUUAGCCAGUUUGCUUCUUGAAGCCAGGCAGAACAUCCUUAAAGAAAUGGGCAUCCUCUGCCUCUCUACUCUAAAUUAUUAGUAGUUUGGGAAGCUUUGUGGAGUCUGUAGGACAUGGGCCAAUUAGGAGAGAAACAGAGGGACGGGGGGAGUGGUGAGGGAAGAGACAUACCCAGGGAGACAGUGAGACAUGGAGAGAGGUGAAGUGACACUGAAAGUCCUUGAGAAUGUACUGACUUUAGAAAGCCUUUUAAAGACCAAUCACUAAUUCAAUAUGAUUAAUUACCUUAAAGUAGCUUGUAGAGUAUUUCCUGAGAAGAAUGGGAGGUCACUUUAAAGGAAAUAAAUAAACCACAGCUAAUAUGCUGAUGUUUUCAAGAGAAAAGGCAAUUGCUAAAAAUGGCCAUCCAAUUUCCAUUACUUACUACAGUCAUUAGAAACAAGGAAUAUGUUUAUUGAUCUGAAGUGGUCCAAACAAUAUUUUCUUUGUUCAAACCAAUUUAGCUGGAGGAAAAGUCAAGAAUUGCCUAGUGUGGGGGUGGUGGGAGAGAAGCAGAUUCUUUACAUGAGAAACUUGUUUUUCUAUCCUACAGCCACUCACCUAAGAAGAAUCACUGGGUCUCUAUUAAAGCAAAGCAGUUGUUGCCCCUGAUCACUAUUGGUUUAGCUGUAGGCCCUUGAGACUCCAAGUAGGUUUGGAAUGAGCAGGAUCAGUAUAACCUGGGCAUACAUUAGAAAGGUAGACUCUGGCCCCACCCCAGUCCUAACUGAAUCAUAAUCUAGUUUUUAACAAGAAGUUUCAUGAUUCAUAUGCACAUUAAUGUUUGAGAAGUACUAGUCUCUACAAACAUGAAUGGUUAUUUAAACAUGUGAUAGAAAAAAGAGAUGGUUAAAUAAAGGAGGAAAAACUAUCUGAUAAAAGCACCUUUGUCCAAAGAUUUGUUGGUGUUGAUAAACUUGCUGGUAUUCACUUAACCCAGGUUUGAAGUAAAAUCUUUAGAGGCCCAUUCUGAAAAGACGUUUACCAGCUCCAGCGUCCUCAUGGUUGAAUGAGCACCCACAAAUGGUUGCUGACUUUGUUUGUGUCCCCAGGUGAGCAGAAAUGAGUGAACAAGCAGAAAAAAGCAGUUCCGUGCGAGAGAGACAUGCACGUCAAAGUUCUCCUGAGAGAGCCAGGGAGAUGGAGGAGAAGAGAAUGAAACGGGUGGACCGGCUGUUAAAACGGUUGGCAUUUCAAAACCCCGGGCCUCAGAACGCCAACUUUAAUCCUGAAAUAAGGCAGCAAAAGAAGAAAGAGCAAAUAGCAAAGGUGAAAGAGUUUUUUUCUCCAAAGCGCGCAGUCAGGAAGUAUGACAGAAAAGGCAGGCUCCUCGUCAAUCAGGCUGACCUGUGUGAUUGCCUCGAUGAAGACUGCCUGGGUUGCUUCUACCCGUGCCCCAAGUGUAACUCCACCAAGUGCGGGCCCACGUGCCGCUCCAACCGCCGCUGGGUCUACACCAGCGUGCUCGACGAGAAUGGGGAGGUCAUCAGCACGAUGCCAUUUGACAUCUCCGACUAGGAGCAGCCCUCCAGGCUGAUCAAGUUUCUCUUCUUUGCAGUUAAAGCAGCCUCUUUCUCCUGGGUGAAUUUUAGGACUGGGGGGAAAAAGUUUGAAAAAUAUAGUUUAGACUAGUUAGUGUUUUCUGAAGCCAUAGAACCCUGCGUAACGCGCUGUCCUUCUCUAACCUUCCUGCUGUGACGACUCAAAUUUCUCCCCUGGUAACCAGCAACUCAGUUGCUACUCUGCUCUCACAUUAAAACUCCCUUUCCUCUUUGCUGGUACCUUAGGAGGUGGAGUUUUAGGAUUUUUAGACUUCUGUAGCUGAGAGCUUGUUUUGACAUGGAACAUAUAGUUUAUAAUAGCUAGUUAGCAUUAGGAUCUUACACAUUAUCAGUUCUAAAUCAGAAUUGCUGUUUGGAUUGGCUUGGUACUGCAUACUCAUAGUCUCAUUUUUUUAUUGUUGCUGUUUUAACAAUAUUAAAAAGAAAGUUGUUUGUUUUUUUUUUUUUAAAAAAAAAAAGCUUCAUAGGCCCCAUGGCCCCACGUGGCCCAUCGUAUGAGCACAAAAGCAGAGAUUCAAUUUAAGUGAUAUCCAAAAUGCCAACUGGAAGCAGACUUCAAAGGACAAGUUUUAAUCUAAUUGUUACAUACAAAUGAUUUAAAAGCAUUUUUUUGGUGGCUAAGGUUACCAGCCACACAGAACUGCCAAGGUGGUACAAAAUUCCCAAGGCCUAAGUUGCAUUUGGUCUUGGAGGUAUAGGAUUUAAGGAGAUUCAGCUAGAGUUUCUGCUGAGCUCAGUGAAGAUACCAUCUCAGAAGACUGAUGUGAAACAUCUGGGCCAGGUUUGGCAGCUAGUGUGCAAAACUGCUUUUAGGCAAAAUCUCUAUGAAAAUGUUCACACCCAUAGCGUCUUUGGGAAAGUUACUGUUCAGUCA